AAAGCCUAUAUAUACGACAACAGAGGUAGGCAAAUCUCAUCCAAACUACAAAAAGAAAUGGCAGAUUUAUUCAUUAAGCAAGCAAAGCAAUACGCAGAUGCUAGGCCUAACUACCCACUACAACUCUUCCACUUCAUUUCCUCCAAGACUCCUGCUAAAGACCUUGCCUGGGAUGUGGGCACCGGCAGCGGCCAGGCAGCUCAAUCUCUUGCUGGGAUCUACGAGAAUGUUGUAGGCACAGAUACUAGCCUGAAGCAACUGGAAUUUGCACCAAAACUUGCCAAUGUUCGAUAUCAGCAAACUCCUGCAGUCAUCCCAAUGGAAGAACUGGAGGAAUAUGUGUCUGCACAAUCCAGUGUUGAUUUGGUGACAAUUGCUCAAGCCCUCCAUUGGUUUGAUCUGCCUGCAUUUUACCAGCAAGUGAAGUGGGUUCUCAAGAAGCCAAAUGGAGUCGUUGCUGCUUGGUGCUACACGGUGCCUGAAGUUAAUGACGCUGUGGAUUCUGUCUUCAAACCAUUUUAUGAGAUUGAUUCUGAUCCUUAUUGGGAUCCAGCACGUAAGUUGGUUAAUGAUAAGUAUGCAACCAUUGAUUUUCCAUUUGAGCCACUGGAGGGAACUGAUCACACAGGACCAUUCAAGUUUGUAACAGAGAGAGAGAUGAGCUUGAAUGAGUAUUUUACUUACCUGAAGUCAUGGUCUGCAUAUCAAACAGCAAAGGAAAAGGGUGUUGAUCUAUUGAGGGAUGAUGUGGUUGAGAAGUUCAAGAAUGCUUGGAAUGAAGAUGGGCAUGACAAAAAAGUUGUCAAGUUUCCUGUUUAUUUGAAGAUUGGAAAGGUGGGGAAUAUGUAAAGAUAGCAGGCCAAUUGGUUCACUGCAUAAGAAAUAGCAAGAACUGAAAAAUAAAAUUGUUAUAUCAAUUCCACUUC